GUCAACAUGGCGGAUGCUGUCCAUACUUAACGUGAACGAACGUACUGUCUUUGCGCACGUUAAGUAGGUUCUCAGUGAAGUUCAGUACCUACACAUAAAGUAUAAAAGAUAGGACUCCUCAUUGAUCCUCACACAAUCUACACUGAAGUUCUGAAAACGAAGAUUUGACAAAAGGAUUCAUCAUGGCAGUCAUGAGAGCUCUUGUGCUUCUUUUCUUGGUCUUUUCUGUUGAGAAUGCAGCCGCUCAAGGGAAAUGCCCAAAUGAAUGGACACCUUUUGGUGUGCAAUGCUACAAAUUCUUCCCUCAGUCAGUGGACUGGGCCACAGCUGAGAAAAACUGUCAAUCUGUUGGUGCAAAUCUUGCAUCUGUGCGCAAUACAGUCGAAAGCAACUUUCUCCUGAGUCUUGUUCCUGCUGACACAAAAACUUGGAUUGGUGGCCAUGAUGCUGCAGUGGAAGGACAAUGGCUGUGGACUGAUGGAUCUCAAUUUGACUUUACCAACUGGUGCUCUGGACAACCUGACAAUAAAGGUGGUAACGAGCACUGCCUGGAAGUAAACUACAGAAAUGACCUUUGCUGGAACGAUCAGCCCUGUUCAAUCACAUUAAGCUACAUUUGUGCCAAAUCAAUGAGAUCAUGAAAAAAUCAAUCUGUUUGAAAAGUACUAUGAUUGUACUACAUGCCUAUAAUUUUUUUUCUGAUCUUAUACAUAAAACCCAGUAUC